AUGAAGAUCCAACCGACUACUCAGUUUACGAAUGUCCUGGUUUGGCACCGACCGGUAAUCUGGAAAUCAGCAACCCACUAUUCGAGGCUAGCAGGGAAAAUGGAAAAAUAUUAAAUGGAAAGAGUCGUGGCGAAGAAAAUGACGAUAAAGCUAGUGUCAAAGAAUAG